AUGUCUAAAGAAGCCGCCCCUCCUACUAUUAUAAAAUUAUUAGUAGAGGAAAAUUUUAAUUUGAGGAAUAAAGAAUUAUACCUAUCAUAUAAAGAACUUGAUAAAGAUUGUAACUGGAGUUAUCGUGACUUGUACUGUUCGGAUACUUUAACUAACUUCGUUCAUGAUUCUAUAAGACCUCUUUAUAAAAAACUUUGGAAUAAUUUCUUCAAAGUGAAGUACUAUUCGGAAGAUUUUAAAUCUUUAACUAAAGACAGAAGUAAAAUUUGUAUAUAUUUAAAGUAUUGGUUUUAUGAUCAGUUGUUGCAUAAAAAUAUUGAUAAUGAUGGCAUUGGUAAAUUCUUUUCUGCUUGGGAAUCGACAUCUCAGGGUUAUAAGCGCGAUCUUAUUGGUUGCGAACUUUACAAAAUGAAUUUAAAUGAAAUUAAAGAGACGAAACUUUUGUAUGAUUAUUUUUUAUUGUAUGAUGGAUAUAAUAUUGAUGAACUUGUAAGUCACAAAAUAUAUGUUAGCCCAUAUUGCCAAUAUCUAAAGAAAGCUGCGGAUGUGUAUAAAAAGAGAAAAAGUGAAUGCGCUAUUGAGAAAAAUAGUGGACUCUGUAAAGAAUUUGAGAAUUACAUUAAAAAACACAUGAUUAAAAAGGAUAUAACAUUAUUUAAAGGGAAGUGCAAGAAUGAGGAACAACUAGUAUUUAAACGAAUGAAUGCUUCGGAAACUAGGUUGAAUCCUUCUCUAAGAACAUUAGUAGAAAAUGUACAUUUUAAUAUAACAAUGAAGAAGUGA